AAAGGGAGAGGAUUGCUUGCUAGGAGCUGGAAAGUCAGCAGCGCAGUUGGCUCUGGCAGUGAGGGGGUUGACUGACAGUCUGCAGUGCAGUGGAGUUAGCUGAGCUCCCUAUAUGGCUGUGGAUUAGCUAUAUGCUAAUACUGAUAGGAGAGGAGCAGUACAGAGCGCAGUGAGCCGACGGUGGAGGCGAUCAGCCUCAGCAGAGCUGACUCCUCAAGAGCCAUGGCUGAAGGGGGUGAAGGAGGGGAAGAUGAAAUACAGUUCCUACGAACUGAUGAUGAAGUAGUACUUCAGUGUGUUGCCAGUAUUCACAAAGAACAAAGGAAGUUUUGCUUGGCAGCGGAGGGACUUGGGAAUCGCCUGUGCUUUCUGGAGCCAACAUCAGAAGCUAAAUAUGUCCCUCCAGACCUUUGCGUGUGUAAUUUCGUCCUUGAACAGUCACUGUCUGUCAGAGCCCUUCAGGAAAUGCUGGCCAGCACAGGGGAUAAUGCUAGUGAAGGGAUUUCAGUUUCUGUAUGUAUAUAUGUAUUUAUUUUGUUGUUAUUUUUUUUUAAUGCCUGCAUGAAGUUUAUAAGAAAGGCAGCCCAAGGGGGUGGCCACCGGACCCUGCUGUAUGGCCACGCCAUUCUGCUCCGGCAUUCAUUCAGCGAAAUGUAUUUGACAUGUUUAACAUCAUCAAGAUCCCAGACAGAUAAACUUGCAUUUGAUGUGGGAUUACGAGAAAAUGCAGCAGGUGAGGCAUGCUGGUGGACAAUACACCCUGCUUCUAAGCAAAGAUCGGAAGGAGAAAAAGUUCGAAUUGGUGAUGACCUUAUCCUGGUCAGCGUGUCCUCUGAAAGAUACCUGCAUCUCUCCGUGUCAAAUGGAAAUAUUCAGGUGGAUGCCUCCUUUAUGCAGACACUAUGGAAUGUACAUCCCAUAUGCUCAGGAAGCAAUAUUACAGAAGGAUAUCUUCUUGGUGGGCAUGUAGUACGUUUUUUCCAUGGCCAUGAUGAGUGCUUGACAAUUCCAUCUACAGACCAGAAUGAUUCACAGCACAAGAAAGUAUUUUAUGAAACUGGAGGAGCCGGCAUUCGAGCAAGGUCAUUGUGGAGAGUAGAACCCCUUCGAAUAAGCUGGAGUGGAAGUAACAUCAGAUGGGGGCAGCCUUUUCGUCUUCGACAUAUUACGACAGGAAAGUACUUGGCUCUGAAUGAAGAUGAAGGAGUAGUAAUAUUAGACAGAGAAAAAUCAGACACAACAUCUACAGCCUUUUGUUUUAGAGCAACUAAGGAGCUGAAAGAAAAGCAGGAAUCUAGUCUGAAACGUGAUAUUGAUGGAAUGGGAGUCCCAGAAAUAAAGUAUGGAGAUUCAAUCUGUUUUGUCCAACAUGUGGCCACUGCCUUAUGGUUGACUUACAAAGCACAGGAUGCUAAAUCAGCACGUUUAGGUCCCCUGAAAAGAAAGGUUAUAUUACACCAAGAAGGUCAUAUGGAUGAUGGUCUCACAUUACAAAGAUGCCAGCGUGAGGAAUCCCAGGCUGCUCGAAUCAUUCGCAAUACUUCAAGCUUAUUCAGCCACUUCAUAAGUGGAAACAACAGAGCGCUGUCACCCAGCACCCUGCCUGUUGAGGAGAUGGCUCAGACGCUGCAGGACCUGAUCACUUACUUCCAGCUUCCCGAAGAAGACCUGCAACACGAAGACAAGCAAAACAAACUCCGCUCACUCAAAAAUAGACAAAAUCUAUUCAAAGAAGAGGGAAUGCUGGCACUAGUUCUAAAUUGCAUUGAUCGCUUAAACGACUACAACAGCACAGCUCAUUUUGCAGGAAUUGCAAGAGAAGAGCACGGUGGUACAUCAUGGAAAGAAAUUUUGAAUCUCCUUUACAAAUUGUUAGCUGCUCUCAUUCGUGGCAACAGAAACAACUGUGCUCAAUUUUCCUGUAACCUUGAUUGGCUAAUCAGUAAAUUGGACAGAUUAGAAUCUUCCUCAGGUAUUUUGGAAGUGUUGCACUGCAUCUUGAUUGAAAGCCCAGAAGCUUUAAAUCUAAUAUCCGAGGAACACAUCAAAUCCAUUAUUUCACUGUUGGAUAAACAUGGGCGCAAUUACAAGGUUCUCGAUGUGCUUUGUUCUCUCUGCGUCUGUAAUGGAGUUGCAGUCCGUGCCAAUCAAAAUUUGAUUUGUGACAAUUUACUGCCCAGAAGAGACUUACUUUUGCAAACACGUUUGAUUAAUGAUGUGACAAGCAUAAGACCAAACAUAUUUUUGGGUGUUGCUGAGGGCUCUGCACAGUACAAGAAGUGGUACUUUGAGUUAAUAAUUGAUCAGGUUGAUCCGUUCUUGACGGCAGAGCCCACCCACUUGCGAGUUGGUUGGGCCUCCACUUCAGGUUAUGCCCCCUAUCCUGGAGGUGGAGAAGGAUGGGGAGGCAAUGGUGUUGGUGAUGACCUCUACUCAUUUGGGUUUGAUGGCCUUCACCUGUGGUCUGGUCGGGUACCCAGAGCUGUAGCAUCUGUCAAUCAGCAUUUAUUAGCAUCUGAUGAUGUGGUUAGCUGCUGCUUGGAUUUAGGUGUACCCAGCAUUUCAUUCCGCAUUAAUGGACAGCCUGUACAGGGAAUGUUUGAGAACUUCAGUACAGAAGGGUUUUUCUUCCCUGUCGUAAGCUUGUCAGCAGGUGUAAAAGUUCGUUUCUUGUUGGGUGGACGUCAUGGAGAGUUUAAAUUUCUGCCUCCGGCUGGCUAUGCUCCCUGUUAUGAAGCACUGCUUCCAAAAGAGAAGAUGAAAUUGGAGCCAGUCAAAGAAUAUAAAAGAGAUUUUGAAGGAGUGAGGGAUUUGUUGGGUACAACACAGUUUCUCUCACAAGCUUCUUUUAUCCCUUGUCCAAUAGACACCAGUCAGAUUGCUCUUCCUUUUCAUCUUGAAAAGAUCAGGGACAAACUAGCUGAAAAUAUCCAUGAGCUAUGGGGAAUGAAUAAAAUAGAACUGGGCUGGACAUAUGGCAAGGUACGGGAUGAUAAUAAAAGGCAUCAUCCUUGUCUUGUGGAAUUCUCAAAACUGCCUGAGACGGAGAAGAAUUACAAUCUACAAAUGUCAACUGAAACCCUCAAAACCCUUUUGGCCCUUGGAUGUCACAUUGUUCACGCUCAUCCAGCAGCUGAAGAAGAUCUUAAAAAAGUCAAGCUUCCUAAAAAUUACAUGAUGUCAAAUGGGUAUAAACCUGCCCCUCUUGAUCUUUCUGAAGUGAAAUUGUUACCUUCUCAAGAAUUUCUAGUUGACAAACUAGCAGAAAAUGCUCAUAAUGUCUGGGCAAAAGACAGAAUAAAGCAAGGAUGGACCUAUGGCAUUCAACAGGAUCUUAAGAACAAACGUAAUCCUCGACUAGUGCCAUAUGCAUUAUUAGAUGAACGUACUAAAAAAUCAAACAGAGACAGCCUCCGUGAAGCUGUCAGAACAUUUGCAGGCUAUGGCUAUAGUAUUGAGCCACCUGACCAAGAGAUAGCUGAUCAAACAGUGGAAAAAGUCAGCAUUGACAAGAUACGAUUUUUCAGAGUAGAACAGUCCUAUGCAGUGAAGUCUGGGAAGUGGUACUUUGAGUUUGAAGCUGUGACAGGUGGAGAUAUGCGUGUUGGCUGGGCCAGGCCAGGCUGUCGACCAGACAUCGAGUUGGGAGCUGAUGACCAAGCAUUUGUAUUUGAAGGAAGCAAAGGCCAGUGUUGGCAUCAAGGCAGCGGAUUCUUUGGACGAAGCUGGCAAUCAGGAGACGUGGUUGGUUGUAUGAUAAACUUGGAUGACAAGUCAAUCAUCUUUACUCUGAAUGGAGAGUUGCUUAUAACCAGUAAAGGUUCAGAACUUGCAUUUGCUGACUUUGGAAUAGAAAAUGGUUUUUUUCCAAUUUGUGCACUGGGCCUAUCUCAGAUUGGUCGCAUGAACCUUGGAAUGGAUGCCAGCACAUUCAAGUAUUACACGAUGUGUGGCCUCCAAGAAGGUUUUGAACCUUUUGCUGUUAACAUGAACCGAGAUGUUGCUAUGUGGUUUAGUAAACGUUUACCAACAUUUGUCAAUGUGCCAAAAACUCAUCCUCACAUUAAGAUAUGGAGAAUUGAUGGGACCAUUGAGAGUCCGCCUCGGUUGAAAGUUACUCACAAAACAUUUGGCACACAGAACAGCAAUUCAGACAUGAUAUAUUGUCGUUUGAGUAUGCCCGUUGAGUUCCACUCAUCAUUCAACUUCGGCAUGGGUGUGGAAAAUGCCUCAUCUGAUGUUUUCCAAAAACGAAAGCACAGCCAAGAAAUUGCUCCUCCUUCUACUACAUAUUUUUACUCACUACGGAUAUUUGCUGGCCAAGACCCAACUUCUGUCUGGGUUGGAUGGGUAACACCAGACUAUCAUUUUUACAGUGAGAAUUUUGACCUAAAUAAAAAUUGUACAGUGACAGUUACUUUAGGCGACGAGAGAGGCAGAGUUCAUGAAAGUGUGAAGCGCAGCAACUGCUACAUGGUUUGGGGAGGAGAUGCAAUUGCUAAUUCCCAGAGAUCAGGUCGCAGUAAUGUUGAUAUAGAAAUUGGAUGCUUUGUUGACCUGGCUACUGGAAUGGUGUCAUUCACAGCCAAUGGAAGAGAGCUUGGCACUUGUUAUCAGGUUGAACCAAACACAAAGCUUUUUCCAGCAACUUUUUUACAGCCUACAAGCACUAACUUGAUUCAGUUUGAACUUGGUAAAUUAAAGAAUACCAUGCCCUUAUCAGCAGCAAUUUUUAAAAGUGAAGAAAGAAAUCCCAUUCCUCAGUGUCCCCCUCGCCUUGAUGUACAAACGAUUACGCCUGUUCUGUGGAGCCGGAUGCCAAACAGCUUCCUCCGAGUAGAAACUGAGCGUGUCAGUGAGCGUCACGGCUGGGUCGUGCAGUGCUUGGAACCUCUGCAGAUGAUGGCACUUCAUAUCCCAGAGGAAAACAGAUGUGUCGAUAUUUUGGAACUAUGUGAACAAGAAGAUUUGAUGAUGUUUCACUACCACACUUUAAAGCUCUAUAGCUCAGUUAGUGCUCUAGGUAACACUAGAGUUGCUUAUGCACUUUGUAGCCACGUGGAUGUAUCUCAGCUAUUUUUUACAAUAGACAAUCAAUACUUACCUGGACUUCUACGUUCUGGAUUCUACGAUUUGCUCAUUAGUAUUCACUUGGAGCACGCCAAGCAAGCCAAGCUCAUGAUGAGCAAUGAAUUUAUCAUUCCAGUUACAGAUGAAACUCGUAAUAUUAAAUUAUAUCCCGAUGAAACAAAGAAGCAUGGUUUACCUGGAGUAGGGCUUAGCACUUGUCUUAAACCAGCCUUCAAUUUUUCUACUCCAUGCUUUAUUACAACCAGCGAAAAUCAUAAGACAUCCAUCCCAGAGAUACCCCUGGAGAUACUUAAAUCCAAGGCCAUAAGUAUGUUAACAGAGGCAGUGCAGUGCAGUGGGAGUCAUAUACGAGACCCUGUGGGAGGACAGGUUGCAUUCCAGUUCGUUCCUGUUCUUAAACUGAUAGCGACACUGCUUGUAAUGGGUGUUUUUGAUGAUGAUGAUGUGAAGCAGGUGUUACUCCUCAUUGAUCCCACUGUAUUUGGAGAUCACAAGGAAGAAACAGAAGAGAGGACAGAGAAGGAAGAAGUGACACAAGUUGAAGAAAAAGCUGUAGAAGCUGGGGAGAAAGCAAUCAAACAAACAAAAGCUCCUGCAAAGGGCUUGUUGCAGACAAGAUUACCAGAAUCUGUUAAGCUUCAGAUGUGUCAUUUACUCAAUUAUUUUUGUGACUGUGAGCUACAACACAGAGUGGAAGCAAUUGUAUCAUUUGCAGACCGUUAUGUAUCAAAAUUGCAGUAUAACCAGAAAUACAGGUACAAUGAACUCAUGCAAGCCUUGAACAUGUCUGCUGCAUUGACUGCCAAGAAGACUAAAGAAUUUCGGUCUCCUCCUCAAGAGCAGAUUAAUAUGUUGCUGAAUUUUCAACUGGGAGAGGAUUGUCCCUGUCCAGAGGAGAUUCGAGAGGAGCUAUAUGAAUUUCAUGAUGAUCUUCUGAUUCACUGUGGUAUUCCACUAGAAGAAGAGGAAGAGGAAGAAGAAGAUUCCUCCUUGACUGGCAAACUCCGUUCAUUAAUGUAUAAAAUCAAGGGUCCACCAAAGGCAGAAAAAAUGGAGCCUAAGGAAGAAGAAGAGAAAGCUCCUACUACCCUGAAGGAACUCAUAUCGCAGACAAUGGUGCGCUGGUCCCAGGAAGAUCAGAUCCAAGAUCCUGAAUUAGUUCGGAUAAUGUACAGCCUCCUUCGUAGGCAGUACGACAGCAUUGGGGAGCUCCUGCAGGCCCUGAGGAAAGCCUACACUAUCAGUGCUGCCUCGGUGAAGGACACCAUCAACCUGCUCGCAGCACUGGGCCAGAUCCGCUCGCUUCUCAGUGUGAGGAUGGGAAAAGAGGAGGAAUUGCUCAUGAUUAAUGGAUUAGGGGAUAUAAUGAACAAUAAGGUUUUUUAUCAGCAUCCUAACUUAAUGAGAGUCUUGGGCAUGCAUGAGACCGUUAUGGAUGUGAUGGUAAAUGUGCUUGGAGGAGAUAAAUCUCAGCAGAUCGCUUUUCCUAAGAUGGUGGCAAGCUGCUGUCGGUUCCUGUGCUACUUCUGCCGCAUUAGCCGUCAGAACCAAAAGGCCAUGUUCGAGCAUCUCAGCUACUUACUGGAAAACAGCAGUGUUGGACUGGCAUUUCCUUCAAUGAGGGGUUCGACACCGCUCGAUGUGGCAGCAGCCUCUGUGAUGGACAACAACGAGCUUGCUCUUGCAUUGGAGGAGCCAGAUCUUGAUAAGGUUGUUACCUACCUGGCGGGUUGUGGCCUGCAGAGCUGUCCAGUAUUGCUGGCUAAAGGAUAUCCAGACAUUGGAUGGAACCCAAUAGAGGGUGAACGUUACCUGUCAUUCUUACGAUUUGCAGUUUUUGCUAACAGUGAAAGUGUUGAGGAAAACGCAAGUGUUGUUGUCAAGCUCCUUAUUCGACGGCCAGAGUGCUUCGGGCCAGACCUUAGGGGAGAAGGAGGAAAUGGUUUGCUGGCUGCUAUGCAGGAGGCUAUCAGGAUCUCAGAGAAUCCUAGUCGUGACCUUCCUUCCCAGGCAUAUAAAAGAGAAGGUGAUGAGGAGGAAGAGGAAGAGGAGACUGUGCACAUGGGAAAUGCAAUCAUGUCAUUUUACUCAGCUCUUAUAGAUUUACUUGGACGCUGUGCACCAGAAAUGCACCUUAUUCAAAGUGGAAAAGGGGAAGCUAUUCGAAUCAGGUCAAUUCUUCGAUCCCUAGUGCCAACUGAAGAUUUGGUGGGGAUUAUAAGUAUACCACUAAAGUUGUCCACAGUUAACAAAGAUGGCACAGUAAAUGAGCCAGACAUGUCUGCCAGUUUCUGUCCUGAUCAUAAAGCACCCAUGGUACUCUUCUUGGACCGUGUCUAUGGUAUUAAGGACCAAAGCUUCCUCCUUCACCUACUUGAAGUUGGAUUUUUACCAGAUUUAAGAGCUUCUGCCUCAUUGGAUACAGUUUCUCUAAGUACCACAGAGGCAGCUCUCGCACUAAAUAGAUACAUUUGCUCAGCUGUGUUUCCACUGCUCAAGAGAUGUGCUCCCCUCUUUUCUGGAACAGAGCAUCAUGCCUCUCUGGUUGACUCCAUGCUUCACACAAUCUAUAGGUUAUCCAAGGGACGGUCCCUCACAAAAGCUCAACGAGAUGCCAUUGAGGAAUGUCUGCUUGCCAUUUGCCACCAUUUGCGUCCCUCUAUGCUACAACAGCUGUUGAGAAGGCUGGUUUUUGAUGUGCCUCUGCUCAAUGAAUACUGUAAAAUGCCUCUCAAGCUUCUGACAAAUCACUAUGAGCAGUGCUGGAAAUAUUACUGUCUGCCUUCAGGAAUGGGAAGCUAUGGAAUUGCAGCAGAAGAGGAGCUACAUUUAACUGAGAAACUUUUCUGGGGAAUAUUUGAUUCCUUGUCUCAUAAGAAGUAUGACCCAGAGCUCUUUCGAAUGGCUUUGCCUUGUCUAAGUGCUAUAGCUGGUGCCUUGCCCCCUGAUUAUUUAGAUACACGAAUUAUGUCAACUUUGGAAAAGCAGACUUCAGUGGAUCCAGAAGGAAAUUUUGAUCCCAAACCUGUCAGCACAUCAAACCUUGUACUUCCUGAGAAGUUGGAGUAUAUUGUAAGCAAGUAUGCUGAACAUUCCCAUGAUAAAUGGGCCUUUGAAAAGACUAAUAGUGGAUGGAAAUAUGGAGUUUCACUGGAUGAAAACAUGAAGACUCACCCAUUAAUAAGGCCUUUCAAAACUUUAGCUGAAAAGGAAAAGGAAAUUUAUCGUUGGCCUGCCAGAGAAUCAUUGAAAACCAUGCUGGCCUUGGGAUGGAGCCUAGAAAGGACCAAGGAGGGAGGAGAAGCAAUAAUACAUCAGCGUGAAAAUGAAAAGCUUCGUAGCAUAUCUCAGUCUAGUCAGGGAAAUGGGUAUAGCCCAACACCACUUGAUCUCUCUAAUGUAGCACUUUCUAGGGAGCUUCAGGGAAUGGUUGAGGUAAUGGCAGAAAACUACCAUAAUAUAUGGGCCAAAAAGAAGAAAACGGAGUUGGAAAGCAAAGGUGGAGGUAGUCAUCCUUUACUGGUACCUUAUGACACAUUGACAGCCAAGGAGAAAUCACGGGACCGUGAAAAGGCACAAGAGCUGUUUAAAUUCCUUCAAGUCAAUGGUAUAAUCAUAUCUCGGGGCCUGAAUGACAUGGAGUUGGAUGCUUCAUCCAUGGAAAAGAGAUUUGCCUUUAAGUUUCUGAAGAAAAUUUUAAAAUAUGUUGAUUCUGCUCAAGAGUUUAUUGCACAUUUGGAAGCCAUUGUAACCAGUGGAAAAACUGAAAAAUCUCCACAUGACCAAGAAAUAAAAUUCUUUGCUAAAGUUCUUUUACCAUUAGUUGAUCAAUACUUUACAAAUCACUGCCUCUACUUCCUGUCUUCUCCAUCAAAAACCCUCAGUAGCAGUGGAUAUGCAUCAAAUAAGGAAAAGGAAAUGGUAGCAAGCCUGUUCUGCAAACUAGCUGCUCUUGUUAGACAUAGGAUUUCACUUUUUGGAAGUGAUUCUGCUACAAUGGUGAACUGCCUGCACAUCUUAGCUCAGUCUCUCGACACACGAACUGUUAUGAAAUCAGGAUCUGAGCUUGUUAAAGCAGGAUUGCGUGCCUUUUUUGAAAAUGCAGCUGAAGACUUGGAAAAAACUUCCGAAAAUCUUAAACUGGGAAAAUUUACUCAUUCGCGAACACAAAUCAAGGGUGUUUCACAGAAUAUCAAUUAUACUACAGUAGCAUUAUUACCAAUUUUAACAUCAAUUUUUGAACAUAUUUCACAAUAUCACUUUGGAGUAGAUUUACUUUUGGGUGAUGUACAAGUCUCAUGUUACAGAAUUCUUUGUAGCCUCUAUUCUCUUGGGACUGGAAAGAACAUCUAUGUUGAAAGGCAGCGUCCCGCACUUGGUGAGUGUUUAGCAUCUCUUGCGGCAGCCAUUCCAGUAGCAUUCCUUGAACCUUCCCUCAACCAUUACAAUCCACUGUCUGUUUUCAACACAAAAAGUGCAAGAGAAAGAGCAAUUUUAGGUAUGCCUGAUACAGUAGAAGAAAUGUGUCCAGAGAUCCCUCAGCUGGAUAGGCUAAUAAAGGAAAUAAAUGAUUUAGCAGAGUCUGGAGCAAGGUAUACUGAAAUGCCUCAUGUAAUUGAGGUGAUCUUACCCAUGCUAUGCAACUAUUUAUCCUACUGGUGGGAAAGAGGGUCUGAGAGUGUUCCUCAAAGUGCUGGGCCUUGCUGUACAAUGAUAACAUCUGAGCAUCUGAGCAUUGUCCUUGGAAACAUUCUAAAAAUCAUUAACAACAAUCUGGGAAUAGAUGAAGCCUCUUGGAUGAAAAGAAUUGCAGUUUAUGCUCAACCUAUCAUCAGCAAAGCCAGACCUGAUCUUCUCAGAUCUCACUUUAUUCCAACACUGGAUAAAUUGAAGAAAAAAGCUAUGAAGAUAGUGAUGGAAGAAGAGCAACUGAAAGCAGACAAUAAAAAUGACACCCAAGAAGCUGAGCUACUCAUUCUUGAUGAGUUUGCUGUACUUUGUAGAGACCUUUAUGCCUUCUAUCCAAUGUUGAUACGUUAUGUAGACAACAACAGAGCUAAUUGGCUAAAGAAACCAGAUGCGGAUUCUGAUGAACUCUUUCGAAUGGUGGCUGAAGUUUUUAUCCUGUGGUGUAAAUCACACAAUUUUAAAAGAGAAGAACAAAAUUUUGUGAUUCAGAAUGAAAUCAAUAAUUUGGCAUUUUUAACAGGAGACACCAAGAGCAAGAUGUCUAAAGCCAUGCAAGUAAAGUCUGGAGGACAAGAUCAAGAGAGGAAGAAAUCAAAACGUAGAGGGGAUUUGUACUCCAUACAAACAUCCUUGAUUGUGGCUGCACUUAAAAAGAUGCUUCCUAUUGGUUUGAAUAUGUGCACUCCUGGAGACCAAGAGCUUAUCUCCUUGGCUAAGACUAGAUACAGCCAUAGGGACACAGAUGAGGAAGUCAAAGAACACCUACGCAACAACUUACACUUGCAGGAAAAGUCUGAUGAUCCAGCUGUGAAAUGGCAGCUAAAUCUGUACAAAGACAUUUUAAAGAGUGAUGGACCUACUGACCCUGAGAAAAAUGUGGAACGUGUGCAGAGGAUAUCAGCUGCUCUGUAUCAUCUGGAGCAGGUUGAACAACCACUGAGAUCAAAAAAAGCUGUUUGGCACAAACUCCUGUCAAAACAACGCAAAAGGGCUGUUGUUGCAUGUUUCAGAAUGGCACCAUUAUAUAACCUGCCAAGGCACCGUUCUAUUAACCUCUUCCUCAAUGGCUAUCAGAACUUUUGGAUAGAAACAGAGGAAUAUUCAUUUGAGGAGAAACUAGUUCAGGAUUUGGCUACAUCUUCAAAAAAAGAAGAAGAGGAGGAAGAAGAGACUGAGAAAAACCAUCCUGAUCCACUUCAUCAGAUUAUCCUCUAUUUUAGUCGCAGUGCUCUUACAGAGAGAAGCAAUCUAGGACAUGAUCCGCUAUAUAUUGCCUAUUCUGCCAUGAUGGCAAAAAGCUGUCAGGAAGAAGAAGAGGGAGAUGAAGAAAAAGAAAAGACAUUUGAGGAGAAAGAAAUGGAAAAGCAGAGAACUCUUUAUCAGCAAGCUCGCUUGCAUGAUCGUGGAGCUGCUGAGAUGGUCCUUCAGAUGAUUAGUGCAAGCAAAGGUCGUACAGGACCCAUGGUUGUUGAAACACUGAAACUUGGUAUUGCUAUUCUAAAUGGUGGAAACACCAUAGUCCAACAGAAAAUGCUAGACUACCUGAAGGAGAAAAAGGAUGCUGGAUUUUUUCAAAGCCUCUCUGGCUUGAUGCAGUCCUGCAGUGUUCUUGACUUGAAUGCGUUUGAGAGACAGAAUAAAGCAGAAGGCCUGGGAAUGGUUACUGAAGAAGGAACUCUCAUCGUUCGUGAGCGUGGUGAAAAAGUCUUGCAGCAUGAUGAAUUUACUCGAGAUCUAUUUAGAUUUUUACAACUUCUCUGUGAAGGGCAUAACAAUGAUUUUCAAAAUUACUUACGUACUCAGAUGGGCAACACCACAACAGUGAAUAUUAUCAUUAGUACUGUUGACUAUCUCUUGCGUCUUCAGGAAUCGAUCAGUGACUUCUAUUGGUACUAUUCAGGAAAGGAUGUCAUUGAUGAAUCAGGACAACGUAACUUUUCUAAAGCUUUGGCUGUCACCAAACAAAUAUUCAAUUCUCUUACAGAAUAUAUCCAGGGCCCUUGCAUAGGUAAUCAACAGAGUCUGGCUCAUAGUAGGCUGUGGGAUGCAGUUGUUGGCUUUCUUCAUGUGUUUGCCAAUAUGCAGAUGAAACUUUCACAGGAUUCUGCUCAGAUUGAAUUGCUUAAGGAACUUCUAGAUCUUCUAAAGGAUAUGGUAGUGAUGCUCUUGUCACUGCUCGAAGGUAACGUUGUAAAUGGAACUAUUGGAAAACAAAUGGUGGACACGCUUGUAGAAUCAUCUAGCAAUGUAGAAAUGAUUUUGAAGUUCUUUGACAUGUUCCUGAAGUUAAAAGAUCUGACUAAUUCAGAUGCUUUCAAAGAGUAUGAUCCAGAUGGUAAAGGAAUCAUUUCCAAGAAGGAAUUUCAGAAAUCAAUGGAGGCUCAAAAACAAUAUAUACAGUCAGAGAUUGAAUUCCUGCUGUCCUGUACAGAAGCUGAUGAAAAUGACAUGUUUAAUUAUGUUGACUUUGUGGAAAGAUUCCAUGAACCAGCCAAAGACAUUGGAUUUAAUGUAGUAGUAUUGCUAACAAACCUUUCAGAGCACAUGCCUAAUGAUCCACGCCUUCAGAGCUUACUUGAGCCUGCAGAAAGUGUUCUUAAUUACUUUGAACCAUACCUUGGCCGUAUUGAAAUAAUGGGUGGGGCCAAGAAAAUAGAAAGAGUUUACUUUGAAAUCAGUGAAUCCAGUAGAAUGCAGUGGGAGAAGCCACAGGUGAAGGAAUCUAAAAGACAGUUCAUAUUUGAUGUUGUAAAUGAAGGUGGAGAGCAAGAAAAAAUGGAACUCUUUGUGAAUUUCUGUGAAGACACAAUUUUUGAAAUGCAGUUAGCAUCCCAGAUCUCUGAAACAGAUUCAUCUGAGAGGCCCGAAGAGGAGGAAGAGGCAGAGCCUGCUUAUGUAGUGGAUAUUGGAGAUGAUGAGGAAGAAGAAAAGUCCCUGGAACCUGCUUCAGCUUUUGCAGUGGCCUGUGUUGCAGUGAAGAAGAAUGUUUCCAACUUUUUGAAAAUGGUGACUGUGAAGAACUUUAGGAAACAAUACAGGAAAGUCAAAAAAAUGACAAUAAAAGAGAUGGUGAAAGUGUUUUUCUCCUUUUUCUGGAUCCUAUUUGUAGGGACAUUCCAAAUGUUCUUCUCUAUAGUGUGGGGGAUAUUCCAGAUUCUUUGGAGCACCGUAUUUGGGGGUGGCCUGGUUGAAGGAGCCAAAAACAUAAAAGUUACAAAAAUAUUAGGGGAUAUGCCUGAUCCAACACAGUUUGGAAUCCAUGAUGAUGUUAUGGAAGCAGAAAAAGCUGAAGGUGCUGAGCAUGGCAUAAGAGCUGAACUUGCAGAGUUUGUGAAGAGUGAAAAGGGAGAAAGUGACAUAAUUGCAGACAUUUUUGGCAUUCCCACAAAGAAAGAAGGAUCAAAACAUGGUCAUGAUGCUGGACUUGGAGAUAUUGCAGAAAUCCUUGGUACUGAGAUCCAAUCACCUUCGGAAAACACGGCUCAAAAGAAAAAAAGAUUACAGAUAUCUGAAAUUGCAAAAGAAGCUGGAACACAAAGAAAAGCAGAAGCUGAGAAGGCUGACAUGGAAGAUGGUGAGAAACAAGAUAAGGCAAAGGAAGUACAAUCUGAGCAGCUAGAAGAGGGAAAAAUGAAGAAAAAGAAGAGAAGGCAUGGACAAAAAAUUGAGAAACCAGAGGCUGUUAUGGCUAACUUCUUCAAAGCUUUGGAAAUCUAUCAAACGAAGAUGCUUCAUUACUUGGCAAGAAAUUUUUACAACCUGAGGUUUCUUGCUCUAUUUGUUGCAUUUGCCAUCAAUUUCAUUCUUCUGUUUUACAAGGUGACAGAAGAGCCACUUGAUGAAGUAGAGGAAGACUCUAAUCUCUGGAACUCCUUUGCUGAAGAGGAAGAGGAGGAGGGCAUGGUGUUUUUUGUUUUAGAAGAAAGUACUGGCUACAUGGCACCUGCCCUCAGAGCACUGGCAGUUAUUCAUACUGUAAUCUCCUUUGUCUGUGUCAUUGGAUACUACUGUUUAAAGGUCCCUCUGGUUGUAUUCAAAAGAGAAAAGGAGGUAGCUAGAAAGCUGGAAUUUGAUGGACUAUACAUAACUGAACAACCAACUGAGGAUGAUAUUAAAGGACAAUGGGAUCGCCUUGUUAUAAAUACUCCGUCCUUCCCUAACAACUACUGGGACAAAUUUGUGAAACGAAAGGUUAUUAACAAGUAUGGAGACUUAUACGGAGCAGAGCGCAUUGCAGAACUUCUGGGUUUAGAUAAAAGUGCCCUUGAUUUUAGUCCAGUGGAAGAGAGUGAACCAGAAGAGGCAUCUCUUGUCUCAUGGCUAAGCUCCAUUGAUACAAAGUACCACAUUUGGAAGCUUGGAGUUGUUUUCACUGAUAAUUCAUUUUUAUACUUAGCUUGGUACACAACUAUGUCUAUCCUUGGGCACUACAACAACUUCUUCUUUGCUGCUCAUCUGCUGGAUAUCGCUAUGGGUUUUAAGACAUUGCGAACUAUUCUGUCUUCGGUCACUCACAAUGGCAAACAGCUUGUGCUCACUGUGGGACUCCUGGCUGUAGUAGUGUACCUUUACACUGUGGUGGCUUUCAACUUCUUCCGCAAAUUCUACAACAAAAGUGAAGAUGAAGAUGAACCAGACAUGAAGUGUGACGACAUGAUGACGUGUUACCUGUUCCACAUGUAUGUGGGUGUAAGAGCUGGUGGUGGCAUUGGAGAUGAAAUUGAGGAUCCUGCUGGAGACCCUUAUGAAAUGUACCGAAUUGUCUUUGACAUCACAUUUUUCUUCUUUGUCAUUGUUAUCCUACUGGCCAUUAUUCAAGGUCUGAUUAUUGAUGCUUUUGGUGAAUUAAGAGACCAGCAAGAACAAGUGAGGGAAGACAUGGAGACCAAAUGUUUUAUUUGUGGAAUCGGCAAUGACUACUUUGACACAACCCCACAUGGCUUUGAAACACAUACUUUGCAAGAACAUAACUUGGCAAACUAUCUGUUCUUCUUAAUGUAUCUAAUUAACAAGGAUGAAACUGAGCAUACUGGCCAGGAAUCAUUUGUGUGGAAGAUGUACCAAGAAAGAUGUUGGGAUUUUUUCCCGGCAGGGGAUUGCUUCCGAAAACAGUAUGAGGAUCAACUUGGCUAAUAUCACAAAAGAAAGGAUUUAUUAAUGAACUGCUAAGAUCCAGUAUACAAAAAAAAAAAAAAAAAAAAAAAAAAAAGUUCUUUUCACGGCAUAAUUUCACAGCUUGUAUUUGCUUUAAAUGUCUUCAAAGUUCAAGACACAUAUAAAAUUUGACACUAUUUCAGAGGCAUUUUGUACCUACCACAUAUGAAACAGGUCUUUUGUUGGAAUUUUAAUUAGCAAAAACUAUGCCAGAUUAAUUUAAGCCUUCCAGUUCAAACAUGGCCGAAAAUUAGAACAACUUUUUAACCACAUCAUUAACCUGGUGUUUGGCAGUACAGUUGAAAGGGCUAAAAGGCAUCUUAAUUGCACAUCUGACAUUGAAGAACUUGAACAUCAGAGACUGUACCUCAGAAAAAAUAGUUCAACUAACUGCUGUCCCAUUUUUCCCUACAGUAUUUGCUAGUGAAUGUAUUAAGAUACAGUUUGAAAAGCUUUAAGCAGUUAAAAAGAAAUCAUUUUCAAACACUUUGUCAACCUUGAAACAUUAAAGUGCCUUAAAACCUCUGUAGACAUAGCUAUGCAAACUUUUUGUUAGUGUUCUAGAUGAACAGAUCCAUUACCUGUAUUGCUUUUCUGUCUUUCUGUAUCAAAUUGCACUUAAAAUUUGUUUAUAUACUACCUUCAAUAACAGCUUAUUAGAUACUGCUGUUAAAAGACAUACACUGUAUCAAAAUGAACACAAUUUAAAUCUUAGGCCAAAAUAAAACAAUGCUCUAUGGUCACCUGCAAGUAGAAGUUAGGAUGAUGUUUUUGUUUUUUUUCUUCUAAUAAAAAGUGCCCACUGCAAUAAAGUAUUAUAAACCAAAA